UUUAUUUUGUUAGUAAUCUGUGGGUGGGCGUGGCUUUAGAUAUCUGCGCUCUGAUUGGCCGACUCGGCGUUGCCAGUGCUGUCGUGAGGACGGGUCGUGUUGAUUUCAGAAGUCAUCAUGGCGCUCACUUCCCCAGUCAAAGAGCACCCAUAUAGUCAUCUAAUCGACACGCUGAAAGAUGGCAGGAUCAAGUUCUUCAAUCCACAGAAAUUAAAUGAUCCAAGAUAUGACAAGCUGCCUCUGUCCAUCCGUAUCUUACUGGAGGCAGCAGUUCGUAACUGUGAUGGCUUUUACACGAAAAAAGAAGACGUCCAGAAUCUCUUGGACUGGCAGCAGCAGCAGAAUAAAGCCGAGGUGCCGUUCUCUCCAGCGCGAAUCCUCCUCCAGGACUUCACUGGUAUUCCUGCCAUGGUGGACCUAGCAGCCAUGAGGGAUGCUGUUGCCAAACACGGCGUGGACCCCAGCCUCGUCAACCCUAAAUGUCCCACAGACCUUAUCGUAGACCACUCAUUACAGAUUGAUUAUAGCAAAUGUGCCAUACAGAAUGCUCCAAACCCUGGUGGAGGAGGGGAUGGCCCAAACCAGAGUCAAGGUCCCUCUCGUUCCACACCCUCCAGGCCUCCGUCCAGAGGAGGCUCACAGUGUGGAGGCCAGCGGGGUUCGUGUAGUAAAGCUGCCUGCAGUGACCCUCCAGCCUCCCCUGGGUCGGCCUCCGGCUCUGUCCAGCAGAUCGAGAACACGCCCCUCCUCUGCCCUUUCCACCUGAAGCCAGUGUCUGAAACUGAAACAGCUUUGAAGAAUCAGGAAAUGGAACUGAUCAGAAACAAAGAGAGGCUUCAGUUCUUUAAGUGGUGUUCCAAAGCAUUCAAGAACGUGAACGUUGUUCCUCCGGAUGUUGGGGCUGUCCACCAGGUGAAUAUGGAGUAUCUGUCCAGAGUGGUCCAGGUCUGCGAUGGUUUCAUCUACCCCGACAGUGUGGUGGGAACUGACUCUCACACAACCAUGAUCAAUGGCCUGGGCAUCCUGGGCUGGGGUGUUGGGGGAAUUGAGUCAGAGGCCGUGAUGCUGGGCCAGCCCGUGUCUCUGACUCUUCCUCAGGUGGUGGGCUGUAAACUAGUGGGCAACAUCAACCCCCUAACCACCUCCAUAGACAUCGUCCUCGGCAUCACCAAGCACUUGCGGCAAGCUGGCAUCGCUGGGAAGUUUGUAGAGUUUUUUGGACCUGGUGUCUCUCAGCUAUCAGCCCCCGACCGAACCACCAUCGCCAACAUGUGCCCAGAGUACAACGCCACUGUCAGCUUCUUCCCCGUAGACCAAGUCACACUCAAGCACUUUAAAAAGACAAAUUUUACCCAGGAAAAACUUGAAUUGCUGGAGUCCUACAUGAAGGCUGUAAAACUUUUCCGAAGCUAUGAAGACCCCUCAGAGGACCCAGAGUAUUCUGAGGUGAUUGAAAUCAACCUAAGCUCCAUGGUGCCAUAUGUGAGUGGACCGAAGAGGCCUCAGGAUAGAGUAGCAGUCAGCAACAUGAAAGAAGAUUUCCAGAGUUGUCUUGAUGAGAAGGUGGGUUUUAAAGGCUUCCACAUCUCCAAGGAGAAGCAAGAGACACGCAUCCCUUUCCUGCACUGUGGUCAGGAGUACCAGCUGGCCCACGGCUCUGUGGUCAUCGCUGCUGUCAUCAGCUGCACUAACAACUGCAACCCAUCUGUCAUGUUGACUGCAGGUCUACUGGCCAAAAAGGCUGUGGAGGCCGGGCUUGUUGUGAAGCCUUACAUCCGGACCAGCCUGGCUCCUGGAAGUGGUAUGGUCACUCACUACCUCAGCACCAGUGGAGUCCUGCCUUACUUUAGCCAGCUGGGGUUUGAGGUGAUAGGUUAUGGUUGUGCCACCUGUGUAGGAAACACAGCACCGUUACCAGAAGGUGUGGUGGAUGCAAUCAAACAGGGGGACCUGGUGGCCUGCGGUGUUUUAUCUGGCAACAGGCACUUCGAAGGCCGCCUAUGUGACUGUGUGCGUGCCAACUACCUGGCUUCCCCUCCCUUGGUUGUGGCCUAUGCUAUUGCGGGCACUGUGGGAAUCGACUUUGAGAAAGAGCCUUUAGGUGUGACAUCGGAGGGGAAGGAGGUAUAUCUUCAUGAUAUCUGGCCGUCCAGGGAAGAGGUCCAACAGAUUGAGGAGGACACAGUCAUCUCCUCCAUUUUUAAAGAUCUCAGGGGGAGGAUGGAGAAAGGGAACACAUUUUGGAAUAACAUUGAUUGUCCAGAUUCUGUACUUUUCCCCUGGGAUCACAAGUCCACAUAUAUCCGCUCGCCAUGUUUUUUCAGCAAAUUGAGUAAAGAGGUUCCUCCUCCUCAGUCGAUAGAGUGUGCUCAUGCCUUACUGUUCCUUGGGGACAAAGUGACCACGGACCACAUCUCGCCAGCGGGAAGCAUCGCCAGGGUCAGCGCUGCUGCCAAGUACCUGCUGAGCAAACGUCUGACUCCGCGGGAGUUCAACUCCUAUGGUGCUCGCAGAGGGAACGAUGCGGUGAUGACCAGAGGCACGUUCGCCAGCAUCAAGCUCCAAAAUCGUUUCAUAGGCAAAUCAGGCCCCAAGACUUUGCACAUUCCUUCAGGCCAGACACUGGAUGUCUUUGAGGCAGCCGAACGCUAUCAGAGAGAUGGCAUUCCCCUCAUCAUCCUGGCAGGCAAAGACUAUGGCUCUGGAAACUCCAGGGACUGGGUAGCCAAAGGACCAUACCUGCUGGGGGUACGUGCGGUCAUUGCUGAGAGCUUCGAGAAGUUGCACAAGAACCAGCUGGUGGGAAUGGGCAUCAUGCCGCUCGAGUUCCUGCCCGGGCAGAAUGCCGACUCGCUGGAGCUCAGUGGGAAGGAGAGGUUCACCAUUGUCCUGCCAGACAGCUUGAGUCCGAGGCAGCAGCUGACUGUCAAGACCAGUCAAGGAAAGUCCUUCCUCGUCACCGCACUGUUCGACACUGACAUGGACGUUAUCUUUUUCCAGCACGGAGGGCUUCUUAGAUACGUUGCUCGGACUUUACUGUGAAACAGCCUGCAGCCGACUGAGUGUGUACCAGGCUCAUGAACUGCAGCCCUCAUUUCAGUUCCCAGUUUGUCUUCAGCAUGGAUUAAAAAAAACAAAACAAAACAGCUCAUUGGCGUGACUUUAAGACUGGUGGUUGGUCUGAUUAAGCUGGAUGAGUGUCUCAAUCUCAUCAAAAUAUUGGAGUCAUGAGAUGACAGUUUUUGCUGCUUCUCCAUCACUACACGUGGCUGUUUCUGCCUUUGCAGCAGCCAUGUUUCUCCUCACAUGACCGUCAAACCGAGCACAUGAAGAAGUGCUGAAUUAAAGAGAUCAUACCCCAGACUGAGACUGCAGAGUACUGAGGAGACAUUUUUUUCAUCAUUAGAGCCAAGAUGAAAUGAACCCUGUCUGCUUCUGUUGUCAUUAAAUAAAAAUAUAAAAAAAAGGAGGGAAAAAACAGUCCUGCCUAGAAAGGCUAAGAUGGUGCUAGGUACUAUGGCAUGGAUACAUUGGUGCAGUACAGCCAGUUUUUCCCAACGUCCAAGUAAAAUUAAUUUCAGAAAGUUGCAGAAUUGAUGUCAGUUGCCCAUAUUUCUAAUUGGGGCCAAACAAUCUUAUGUAAAUGAAAGUUCUGUUGAUAUUUCUUUAACCGAACCUUUUUUCAAAAAGUACAUCUGUCUCUAAAUACUCAAUUUUUAUUAUGUUGAAAAUGUGAAAUUAUUCUUUUUGCUGUUACCUGUAUCACUAAGCUCCCUGCAUUGCCAUGACGGCUCUGAAUACAACUGACAGUCCUCUGCAUCACAUUAAAGGUAAAUUAUAAAAGCUUU